GUUGCCUACGCGCUGCUGGGCCGUGGGAAGAUGGCGGACGGAAAGGGAGACGCCACCGCCGCCGCCGGGGCCGGGGCCGGGACUGAGGCUCCGGCGGUCGCAGGAGCCGGAGCCGGAACCGAGACAGAGUCCAUGGCUCGGGGUCAUCGCCCUGCAUCUCCCGCGCCGGGAGCUCCGGGCCUGAGACCGUGUCUCUGGCAGCUGGAGACCGAGCUGAGGGAGCAGGAGGUGUCCGAGGUCUCAUCUUUGAACUACUGCCGGAGCUUCUGCCAGACAUUAUUGCAAUAUGCAAGCAACAAGAAUGCAUCAGAACACAUUGUGUAUCUUCUGGAGGUAUACCGCCUUGCUAUCCAAAGCUUUGCCAGCGCACGUCCAUUUUUAACUACUGAAUGUGAAGAUGUCCUCUUAGUGCUUGGCAGAUUAGUCCUGAGUUGUUUUGAAUUACUGCUUUCAGUGCCUGAAAGUGAACUGCCCUGUGAAGUCUGGGUACCAUUCCUUCAGUCUCUACAGGAGUCACAUGAUGCAUUGUUGGAAUUUGGGAAUAAUAAUCUACAAAUACUGGUUCAUGUUACAAAAGAAGGCGUGUGGAAAAACCCUGUUCUUCUUAAAAUUCUCUCUCAACAGCCAGUAGAAACAGAGGAAGUUAACAAAUUGAUUGCACAAGAAGGACCUUCCUUUCUACAAAUGCGAAUCAAACAUUUGUUGAAAUCUAACUGCAUCCCCCAAGCUACUGCUUUAUCAAAACUGUGUGCAGAGUCUAAAGAACUUUCACAGGUGUCAUGUUUUCAGCAAGCCUAUGUCACAUGUUUAUGUUCCAUGCUUCCCAGCGAAGAGGCUAUUCAGGAGAUUGCAAAGGUGGACUGCAAGGAAGUACUAGACAUCAUAUGUAAUCUGGAAUCUGAGGGUCAGGAUAACACAGCAUUUGUUCUUUGUACGACUUACCUUACCCAGCAGCUCCAAACGGCCAGUGUGUAUUGUUCUUGGGAGCUGACUCUCUUCUGGAGUAAACUACAGAGAAGAAUCGACCCAUCUCUAGAGACAUUUUUGGAGCGCUGCCGGCAGUUCGGUGUCAUAGCUAAAACACAGCAGCAUUUGUUUUGCCUGAUUAGAGUCAUACAGACUGAAGCACAAGAUGCUGGUAUUGGGGUCUCAGUUUUACUGUGUGUUAGAGCUCUUCAGCUCAGAUCAAGUGAAGAUGAAGAGAUGAAAGCUUCAGUCUGUAAAACAAUCUCCUGUCUUUUACCAGAAGAUUUGGAAGUUAGACGAGCCUGUCAGCUUACAGAGUUUUUAAUUGAACCAAGUUUGGAUGGAUUCAAUAUGCUGGAAGAACUGUAUUUGCAGCCAGAUCAAAAAUUUGAUGAAGAAAAUGCACCAGUUCCAAAUUCCCUCCGAUGUGAGCUCUUACUCGCUUUAAAAGCCCACUGGCCCUUCGAUCCUGAAUUUUGGGACUGGAAAACUUUGAAACGACACUGCCACCAACUUUUGGGACAAGAAGCCUCAGAUUCUGACGAUGACUUAAGUGGCUAUGAAAUGUCUAUUAAUGAUACAGAUGUCCUAGAGUCAUUUCUCAGUGACUAUGAUGAAGGUAAAGAAGAUAAACAAUAUAGAAGAAGUCCGGCAGAUCAGAAUAAGGAGAAAAGAGAUAAAAAGCCCAUCGGUUCCUCUGAGAGGUACCAGAGGUGGCUGCAGUACAAGUUCUUCUGUUUGUUGUGUAAACGGGAAUGCAUAGAGGCCAGGAUUCUUCAUCAUUCCAAGAUGCAUAUGGAAGAUGGGAUAUACACCUGUCCAGUUUGUAUUAAAAAAUUUAAGAGAAAAGAACUAUUUGUUCCUCAUGUAAUGGAACAUGUUAAAAUGCCACCAAGCAGAAGAGACCGCUCUAGAAAGAAAUUACUGUUGAAAGGCUCUCAAAGGGGUAUUUAUCCCAAGAGUCCCACUGGAAGUCUAGAACCAAAUCAGUCAUUGAGUGAAGAAGCCAAAGGAGAGUCUCAUGAGUAUGUCACAUUUAGUAAGUUAGAAGACCGCCGCCUGCAAGACAGAGACUUGUACCCAUGCCCUGGUACAGACUGUUCCCGUGUGUUCAAACAAUUUAAAUACUUAAGUGUACAUCUUAAAGCUGAACACCAAAAUAAUGAUGAAAAUGCCAAGCACUACUUGGAUAUGAAAAAUAGAAGAGAGAAGUGUACUUAUUGCCGGAGGCAUUUCAUGUCUGCUUUUCACCUGCGAGAGCAUGAGCAGGUGCAUUGUGGUCCUCAACCUUAUAUGUGUGUUUCUAUAGAUUGCUAUGCAAGGUUUGGAUCAGUGAAUGAACUCCUUAACCACAAACAAAAGCAUGAUGACCUUCGUUAUAAAUGUGAAUUGAAUGGCUGUAAUAUUGUGUUUAGUGACUUGGGUCAGCUUUACCACCAUGAAGCACAACACUUUAGGGAUGCAUCCUACACAUGCAAUGUCCUUGGCUGUAAAAAGUUCUAUUAUUCCAAAAUUGAAUACCAAAACCACCUCUCAAUGCAUAAUGUUGAAAGUCCAGAUGGAGAAUUAAAGAAAUCAGUGAAACUCGAGGAACCUGCAGCAGGUGGGAAGCAAGAUUGUAUGGACCAGCCUCAUCUACUUGACCAAACUGAUAAGUCCCAUUCUCCUGAAGAUCUUCUUUUCUGUGCAGGAUCAGCUAGUGCUCACAUAGACACUGCAGAAAACCUGAAAGACAACAGUGACAGCAAUUCUAGUGAUCUGUUAAGUCACAGCUCUUCCACUUCAAUAAAUGAGGAAUUAAUUGACACACUAGAUCACUCUGAAACCAUGCAGGACCUAUUACUAUCUCAUGAGAAAGUCUUUGUACCCUCCAGUUUAAAAGAGAAGUGCUCCAAUGUAGCCAUUUGUUUUGAUGGAACUAAAUUCACCUGUGGUUUUGACGGCUGUGGUUCCACCUACAAAAAUGCAAGAGGGAUGCAGAAACAUCUGCGGAAGGUUCAUCCAUAUCACUGCAAGUCGAGAAGGGUGAAGACAAAAGACCUCUUUACCUGCUUGGGUGACAAACAUGAUCAGGCUGACAAGUUUGAUGCAGAACCUAAACCCAGCUCUGAUACAAACAGUGACUCCCCAGAUGAAGGUCUUGAGCACAGUAUUCACAGCAAAUGCAAGCGGGACCAUCGAGGCUAUUCCCCCGAACCUUCCAUUUGCUCUUCUAAAAGGCCGUGUACAGAGGACACCAUGUUGGAACUCCUGUUACGUUUGAAACAUCUAAGCUUGAAGAACUCCAUAGCACAUGGCUCUUUCUCAGGGUCACUGCAGGGGUGCCCAUCUAGUGGUGCUAACUCUCUUCAGUCAGUCCCAUCUUCCGUUUCAGACCUUAACCUUCAGAAUCAGGAUGAAAAUAUGCCAAGUCAGUACCUUGCACAGUUGGCAGCUAAGCCUUUCUUCUGUGAGCUUCAAGGAUGCAAAUACGAAUUUGUGACCAGAGAGGCUUUACUAAUGCAUUAUCUUAAGAAGCAUAAUUAUUCUAAAGAGAAGGUCCUUCAGUUAUCCAUGUUUCAGCACCGGUAUUCUCCAUUCCGGUGUCACAUCUGCCAAAGGUCAUUUACAAGAAAAACACACCUUAGGAUUCAUUAUAAAAACAAACAUCAAAUUGGCAGUGACAGGGCAACUCACAGACUGUUAGACAGUGAGAAAUGUGAUCAUGAAGGGCCAUGCUCAGUAGACAGACUGAAAGGUGACUGCUCUGCAGAACUUGGUCCCAACAGUAACUCAGAGACGUCCCAGUGUCGUUCUAAAAAGGAUGAAUGCAGCUCAGAAACAGACUUGGAGUCCUCUUGUGAGGAAACAGAAAGUAAGAUAUCAGGUAUUUCAUCACCGACAGGCAGCCACAGAGAGGAGGGAGAAGGGAGAGAGGGGAGAGGAAGCAGGCGGACUGUUGCUAAAGGAAAUCUGUGCUAUAUUUUGAAUAAGUACCACAAACCAUUCCAUUGUAUCCACAAAACUUGCAACUCUUCAUUUACCAAUCUAAAAGGUCUGAUUCGCCACUACAGAACUGUGCACCAGUACAACAAAGAGCAGUUAUGCUUAGAGAAGGACAAAGCAAGAACCAAAAGGGAACUUGUAAAAUGUAAAAAGCUAUUUGCUUGCAAAUAUAAGGACUGUAACAAGCGCUUCCUGUGCUCCAAGGCCCUGGCUAAGCACUGCAGUGACUCUCAUAACCUAGACCACAUUGAAGAGUCGAAAGUGCUUUCGGAGACUGAGUCUGCAGCCAGGUUUUCUUGUAACCAGCCUCAGUGCCCUGCUGUUUUUUAUUCAUUCAGUAAGUUGAAACACCACCUGCUAGAACAGCAUAAUAUUGAAGGAGAAAUCCAUUCGGAUUAUGAAAUCCAUUGUACUCUUAAUGGCUGUGGCCAGAUUUUCAGCCACCGAAGUAAUUACUUCCAGCAUGUCUACUACCGACAUAAGGACAGUUAUGACAGCCUAUUCAGCAGCCAGAAAGUAGCGAACGAGCGGCUCCUAAGGGGUGAAAAGGUGUGUCAGACUACUGAGGCGCAGACGCAGGCACAGACGCAGGGACAGACGCAGGGACAGACACAGGAACAGACACAGGAACAGACACAGGGGCAGGAGCAGCAGACUGCCAAAAGGCCAUUUAAUACUAAAGCUAAAAAAUGUGGCUUACUCAAAGACAAGAAAGCUCCAAUUAGCUUUAAAACUAGAGCAGAAGCUAUCCAUAUGUGCGUUGAGCAUUCUGAGCACACCCAAUACCCAUGCAUGGUUCAGGGAUGCUUGUCUGUGGUGAAGCUGGAGAGCAGCAUUGUGAGGCAUUACAAACGUACCCAUCAGAUGAAUAGUGCCUAUUUAGAGCAGCAGCUGGAGAACCUUGUGGUUUGUGUUAAGUAUGGUACCAAAAUUAAGGAGGAGCCCCCUUCUGAAGUAGAGCCCUGUGUAAAGAAAGAGGAAAAUAGUAGCUGUGAGUUGGUGCACACAGAGCGCCAUUCCCCAGGGGACAGCAGCAUGCCCCUCCAGAACACUGAGUCCACUUGCCCAGCUGAACAGGAUGGUCAGAAAGGGUGUUCAGAAAGAAACCCGCUUCUUGAUGCAGACACUCUGCUCUACAGGGGAACUUUGAAAUGCAACCAUACUUCAGAAACCACUUCUCUGGGACAGUGUGAUAUAGUUAAGUCUCCUCCCUGUAAAAUUGAAAGCCCCAUACCCAAUCCCAGUGGGACAGAAAGUGGUACAUACUUCACAGACUUUCAGCUGCCUUUAUCAAGGAUCAAAGAAGAACCUGGGCAUCAUAGUUCAGGGCAAGAGAACACUGUCAAGAAUGCAGCCCAGGUCCCAAAAGAGAACAUUAGGAAGCAUUCUCAGCCCAGGUCAUUUGAUCUGAAGACUUACAAACCUAUGGGAUUUGAAUCUUCCUUUCUGAAAUUUAUUCAGGAAAGUGAAGAGAAAGAUGAUGAUUUUGAUGACUGGGAGCCUUCCGAGCACUUACCAUUGAGUAACUCCUCUCAGCCCGCUAAUGACUUGACAGGGAAUGUGGCAAACACCAUAGUGAAUGACAACGACCCUCCAGUUGACAUACCUCAUUCUUCCAGUGACCCUCCAGUUGCGGAGAACCUGACUGCAAUCCCACCGUUAGUAGUUGCUGAAGCAGCGGCGGCGGUCCCUUCCUUGGAAAACCUGAGGGUCGUACUGGACAAAGCAUUAACAGACUGUGGAGAGCUUGCCUUAAAGCAGCUUCAUUAUCUCCGGCCCGUGGUUGUCCUUGAAAGAUCUAAGUUCUCCACACCGAUUUUAGACUUGUUUCCAACUAAGAAGACAGACGAGCUGUGUGUGGGAAGUUCCUAAAUCACUGUUUUAUUUUUGAAGCACCUAGCUCCAGCACUGCAGCGAGGGGACACUUGCCAACGUGAACAAAGGCUGGGGACCAGCCACACUUGCUUAGGAUAGAAUAGGCUGUGUAUUUACAUGAAUGUACAAUAUCUAUGUCAGCAGUAUUGGCGGCGUCCAGUAGCUCUCCAGUUGGUUUUUUUGAUUGGGAUUUUUGUUUGUUUGUUUGUUUAUUAAAAAAAUGGAACUGUACUCUUGUUUGGUGCUAAUUAAUACAUCAAAAUAUACUGGGGCUUCCUUUUUCCAAUUAAGUGUGCAUGAUUGUAUAUGGAACAUAUAUUAAGGUCCCAGGGUGGGAGGGCUAGGGAAACGGUAGGAAGUUCUUACUUGACUUGAAUGUGCACCGAAGGGUGCUUUGUGUAAUAUAUUGUACACUACAGCAUCUUAUAUUUUUUGAGUUGAGUUUCAAUAAAUUACAAUUUUUCACCCACUU